GUGCGACUCUGCCUCUCUCUCUUUGCGACUUUGCCUUUGGGCUUUGGGUGAAGGCGUGUGAAGCCUGAAGAUUGAAGAAAUCUAAUUCGUCAACAAGUCCGCUCGGCGGUCUUGCGUGGCUGUGCCUUUCCGCCUCUUUAGUCUCAGACUCCAACUCUCCAAGUCUGCCAUUGCUCUACAGACUACACCUUUACGGUACUUCGUGGCAUAUCUGUGAGGAAUCAUGUCCCGAGGUGUUAUUAGUGAUAAAUGGUCCAUGAGGGUUCUCUGGGCUUGUGCAAUUGGCAGUGGAAUCGGCCUAUACAUGGUUGCUGUAGAAAGACAGAUGCAGAACAGGGAAAGAAUGUUGGCUGAAAGUUUGAAGAACAUGGAAUCAGAUGAUAACACUGGCGAGCAAGUUUGAAUGCAAAAAUGCUCUGCUGUUGAUAACUGAUCUGUAGCAGAUUGGGUCCUCUAGUUAUGCAUAAGACUAUCAGCCCUAAAGGUCUCAGUUUGAAUGUGAAGUUCAGAUGCUUGUACUGAGCUUUCUUUCGACUUAUUCGGUGCAUAUUAGGGCUGGAAUCUUUGAUGUUCAUUCCCGGAUCUUUUGUUUCAUUUAUCUGUUGACACCUUCUUCCUUGGCUUGGCUUGGCUUUUGUGGCCCCUCUGUGCCUUUCAACUUUGUAAGACAUGAAAUAUGAACUGCAAUUGUAUUGAAGAUCGCUUGUGAUUGCAGAUUUGUCAUUGAAAUGGCACUCUUUGAGCA